UGACCCUAUAAAAGAUCAAGUAAUAUUAUUUUCAAUCGUUAGUUGAUUCAUCAUCUCCGUCGGGUGUAGAAGGUGGUUUCUGCAUACUACCCCUUUGCCGAACUGUUGAAAAAAUCACUUGACAUUAUGAGGGAAUGCAUUUCAAUACAUAUUGGACAAGCAGGUGUGCAGAUGGGGAACGCUUGUUGGGAACUCUAUUGUUUAGAACAUAAUAUUCAACCUGAUGGGCAAGGAUGUGAAUCUGUUAAACCUGCAUCCGAAAAUUCAUUCGGCACGUUUUUCAGUGAGACUGGUUCUGGAAAAUACGUGCCGAGAGCUGUUUUUGUGGAUUUAGAACCUUCUGUUUUAGAUGAAGUUCGUUCUGGUGCCUACAAGGACCUGUAUCAUCCUGAACAACUUAUUAAUGGCAAAGAAGAUGCAGCAAAUAACUAUGCUCGAGGGCAUUAUACUGUAGGAAAAGAAAUAGCUGACCCAGUAAUGGACAGAAUUAGAAAAUUAGCAGAUCAAUGCACUGGCUUACAAGGGUUCCUUGUAUUCCAUUCAUUUGGUGGUGGCACUGGAUCUGGAUUCACAUCUUUGCUCAUGGAACGUUUAUCUGUUGAUUAUGGAAAAAAAUCAAAAUUACAGUUUGCUAUAUAUCCUGCUCCUCAAGUAUCUACAUCAGUUGUUGAACCAUAUAAUUCAAUAUUAACAACACAUACUACUUUGGAACAUUCGGAUUGCGCCUUCAUGGUUGACAAUGAAGCUAUCUUUGAACUAUGCAAGCGCAACUUAUGUAUUCAGCGACCUAACUAUCCACACUUGAAUCGCCUAGUUAGCCAAGUGGUCUCAUCAAUAACAACUUCUUUAAGAUUUGAUGGAGCUAUCAAUGUGGAUUUAAAUGAAUUUCAAACCAAUCUUGUGCCCUAUCCACGGAUACAUUUUCCAUUAAUAACAUAUGCCCCUAUCAUUUCUGCAGAAAAAGCAUAUCAUGAGCAAAUAUCUGUAGCAGAGAUCACUAGUGCGUGCUUUGAACCAGCUAAUCAAAUGGUAAAAUGUGACCCACGUCUUGGCAAAUAUAUGGCUUGCUGCAUGCUGUAUCGAGGUGAUAUUGUACCUAAAGAUGUUAAUUCGGCAAUUGCAACUAUCAAGAGCAAGAAAAGUGUUCAAUUUGUUGAUUGGUGCCCAACUGGCUUCAAAAUUGGAAUAAACUGCCAACCUCCUACUUUAGUGCCCGGGGCAAAUUUAGCAAAAGUGCAAAGAGCUGUUUGCAUGUUAUCUAAUACAACAGCAAUUGCAGAAGCUUGGUCAAGGCUAAAUCACAAAUUUGAUUUGAUGUAUGCUAAACGAGCAUUUGUACACUGGUUUGUUGGAGAAGGUAUGGAAGAAGGAGAAUUUAGUGAAGCACGAGAGGAUUUAGCCGCACUUGAAAAGGAUUAUGAAGAGGUUGCAACAGACUCUGUUGAGAGUGACGGCGCGGCAGAUGAUGAAUACUAACCUGUCUUUUAAUUGUUUUUAUUUAUAAUUCCACUGUGAUGUUUUAUGUAUAUUUUAUAAUUAGUAUAUUCUGUGAAUAUACAAGUUGCAUUCCAUACACUAUUUCUCUUUGUACACAUUUAUCUAUAUGAAAGAUAAAUAUCUUUGAACUAAUACAUGCUCUUUGAAAAACCAAA